UCAGCAUUGUCACCAUAAUGAGCCACAUUGGUGGUUGUAACAUUAGGUCCAGUUGUUAUCUUCGUGCUGAUUUCCAGAUAACUGAUGUUGGCACUUGGCGGUGCAGGGAGCUAGGUACUGUACAAUCAUCAACAGUUUCUGCACCUUUUAGGUGCUUUCUAGUUAUCUAGUCAUUUUUGCAUUUUAUCAUAAAUUGCUGAUCUAAUGCGUUUUAGUCUAGAGCAAGGGUCUCCAACCUUUUUGUGAGUGAGGGCUCCCUGAAGGGAUAAAAUAGUCUAGAGGGCUACUUUGUUUGAUAUACUCAAAAAUAUAUAAUUUGUUAUAAAUAUAAACACAAUGGUGCUUUUUUUUUUUUUUUUUAAACUUUCAUUAACAACAUUAUGUCACGGGGAUAAUAAAAAUAUCUUGAUAUCCUGGCAUUAAAAAAAUGCUAAUGAUUUCUCACAAGCUGUUUUAAUAUUUUUUUAUUAAACAAUCAUCCUGGAAAAUAUUCCAAGAAAAUGUAUGGAAAUUUUGGCUUCGCCCUAAGUUGAACAUCGGAGAAUGCAGAAAUGAUUUCAUCUCCAUUCUUGUGAUCUUUAAACAGUGUGUUCGCUAUCACAGUAAUUGCUCACUUGACAAUUUCGAUUCAAUUAAAUAUUAUUUGUAUAGCACUUUUAACAAUGGGCAUUGUCUCAAAGGAGCUUUACAGAAACGUAUAAACACAGGAUACAGAUUUUAAGUGUGUGAAUUUAUCCCUAAUGAGCAAGCCGGUGGCGAGGAAAAUCUCCCUAAGAUGAUAUGAGGAAGAAACCUUGAGAGGAACCAGACUCAGAAGGGAACCCAUCUUCAUCUGGGUAACAACGGAUAGUGUGAAAGUAAAGGAAAGUUCAUUAUGGUUUUCAUAUGAAGUCUGUUUGUUGAACUAGUCCACUGUUCACUAAAGGAGACGUGAGUGCAAAAUUGCAUGUGGUAAUUGCAGUCCAUAAGGCCAUAGCAGCAACCAUAGUCAUAGCAACCACAGUGAAAAUGUCCAUGUGAAAUUGAGGUCCAAAAUCAUUUCCAUGGUACUUCAAGCAGCACCAUCCUCAGCAAUUUCCAGGCUGCACUGCUUGAGGUCAUCCUCAGUGGCAGAAUGUAGCCUCCAGUUGAUGAAAGCUCCAUCCAGAGGUAGGGCAUCAGGAUGGAUCAGGCAGGUCCGGAGAGCAGAAAGCAGAGCAGAAUUUCACCAUCCGAGAACGAUUUUUUGUGUUUUGUCAAAAAAUUAGCAACCCUAAAUGAAGCUUGGGUUGCAGCCUGUGACUUCUUAGUGGGUCUGGGAGAAUAAAUUAUUGCUGCCUGCUUAAUGUUGCUUUCAACUCGUUAACUUUUGCUUUUCUAAGUGAUGUACCUGGUAGAUAACUGCUGUUGAAGGUAUCGUGGAUUGUGGUGAAAUGUCUCGCCGCGAUGGAUACCGCGGUGAUAGCCCCACAGAUGAGGCAUACACUUUUGCCUUCAGCAUUUGUGUAAAGAAAUUCCUUCUCCCACUCCUCGUUAAAGUAAUGUCUUUCUCUUUUUUGCAGGACCUGGUGCACCAUCGGUCAUAAUUUAUCCUUUGUUGUUUUUUUUGUUAUAGUUGAUUUCACCUUGUUUAUGCCAUCAGCUCGCUACCACCUCAACUCGCAGAAUAUCCUACGUCACAAAAAAACGUACGCUACAUACGUUAACAAUAUCAGGCGUAAACUUUUACAUUUUUUUCUUUUUUUAAUGAUGAUUUUAUUUGAUGUUUUAAUGUUAUAUGGAAUGUUAACGGGCGCAUGGUGGCUUAGUGGUUAGCACGUUUGCCUCACACCUCCAGGGUCUGGGGCUCGAGUCCUGCCGGGGCCGUGUGUGCGGAGUUUGCACGUUCUCCCUGUGCAGCGGGGGUUUCCUCCUCCAGUCCAAAGACAUGCAUGGUAGGCUGAUUGGCGUGUCUAAAGUGUCCGUAGUGUACGAAUGGUUGUGUGAGUGUGUAUGUGAUUGUGCCCUGUGAUGGACUCGCACCCUGUCCAGGGUGUACUCCGCCUUGUGCCCGAUGCUCCCUGGGAUAGGUUCCAGGUUCCCCGUGACCCUGAAAAGGAGUAAGCGGUAGAAGAUGGAUGGAUGAAAUGUUGACACUUCUUCAUUUUUUAUUGGCAUCGGAUGUGUCUGGAUGCUGUGAGACUGACUACUCCAAGGGUCUUAUUUCACACUGAAUCAUGGGCGAUGUCUCUGCUACGUGUCCCGUCCCGGAAUCGGCGGUGGUGGUGGUGGACCCGGCGGCGGGGAGCGGGACUGAGAGAGACCGGGAGAUGAACAUCACUGACACCGUGGAGGGAGAAGGUUUAUUGGAGAGCAGCAUGCGUCUAAAGCCCCAUGAAGCUCAGAGUUAUAGGAAGAAGGCAUUAUGGGUAUCAUGGCUCUCCAUUGUUGUGACACUCAUCCUGGCAGUGGCGGCCUUCACUGUAUCCUUCAUGCGACACAGUGCAUCAGCCUUUGGAUUUGCUUUUGAUGCCACAUUAGACGUGCUGUCAUCCGUCAUCGUGCUCUGGCGCUACAGCAACGCAGCUGCUGUGCAUUCAGCCCAUAGAGAGUACAUAGCCUGUGUGAUACUGGGGGUCAUUUUCAUCUUGUCCUCCAUGUGUAUCCUGGGCAAAGCCAUUCAUGAUCUGUCCACCAAGCUCCUGCCUGAAGUGGAUGAUUUCCUCUUCAGUGUAUCUAUUGUUAGUGGGGUACUGUGUGUCAUUCUGGCCAUUGCCAAAUUCAUGCUGGGGAGGGUGUUGACCAGCAGAGCUCUGAUCACUGACGGUUUUAACUCCUUGGUUGGAGGCAUCAUGGGCUUCUCCAUCCUAAUCAGUGCUGAAGUAUUUCGCCACGAGCCCAAUGUAUGGUUUCUGGAUGGCACCGCAGGGGUUCUGAUAGGCCUCAUCAUUCUAGCUUAUGGAAUAAAGUUGUUAAUUGACAUGGUACCACGCGUAAGACAAACCAGGAACUAUGAGCGCUUUGAGUGAGCGAGUUUGAGGAGAAAACAGCAUACUCACACCAUCACCACCAACAAAGAAACACACCUAUCCGCAAAUACUCCAGGCAAGAAUACUGAUUGUGACACCAUUGGCAUCUUGGCAGAGGUUACAGGACUAAUUACCACCUCGUUAUCAUCACCAAUUUUCAAAUUCAGUCUUUCAGCACAACACACCUCAGAGAGAGGAGAAGCAAUGAUGCAGACACAGCAGGAGAUGGUUUAUGCGUUUGCUCCAGGUAAAUGAAGCAAGGAACUCAAAGCCAGCAAAUCCUGGUUGCUGGAACAAAGCCUUGGAAAUACAAACUCCUUGAUUUAUGAUGACCUCCACUGCCAGGUGUGGUGUGUAAUGAAGUAUUUGAGAUUAUGAUGGGUUUUUCUCUGUCACCAUUCACCAAUUAUCCAUGAGCAUAGAUUGUUUGGACUGCUCCAGAUUAGGGAUGUGUUAAUACCAACAACAAAAAUAACCCAGUAUGUUGUUCUUGAUGGUCAGCCAUUAUUUGUCCUUGACAAUGAGCGAUUUGGACACAGUGAAGACAAUUAAAUGUACUUUAAUUUGCUGUAUGGAUACGAUAUUCCAAAGUGAAACAAAAUCCAAAAUCCCCACACCAACCUUACUUGAUCCAUGGUGGAGUUAACUAAUUCAAUUCAUUUAAAAUAAACUCACAAACAUUAUAAAGAAUGAGCCUAGUAUCCUAAGAAAUUAAUAUGCAUGUCUGUACUUUUUCAUACCUGCUAUUAAAAUGAGGGAAACAGAUCUAAAUAGAGCUUAAUAACAUGUCUUCAUACUCAGUCUGAAAAAUGGUAUCAAUGCAUCCCUAUCCUUGAUAAUCCCUCCACACAAUUCCUAUGAGGUUGAUAGAGGUCAUUCCACUGAAGGUCAAAUGGGUGUCUAGCUGUAUUUAAUUUUUCCCACUAACAAAGCCAUGUUGCGUCAGAGAAAUUAACAUGUUAAAAAAAAUAAACAUUCAUCAAAUACUUUGAGAAUACAAACAUUAGAUAGCUUCCCAAAAUCCAUUCAGGGUCCUUAUUCCCAAUAUGAGGAUGAAGGGACUAAUAUGUUCAUCAUAAAUACUGAGUUAUGGUUUCUGUCAUAUAAAAAGCCAUAACCCAAGGAAGUGUUAUUUGUAGCAAUGCUGGUAGUUCUAGCACAUAUUUUGUAUUGUCAAGUUGUCAGAUAUCGUGUAGUAUAACAACAGGGAGCCAACGUUAAUGAACAGUAUGACAUGAUAAGUGAAAUGAAAUGUAAGGGCAGCUCUCUUUGUUUGCUGAAUAUGAGUAUGUAUGUAUCAUUACACUAUAUUUACAGUACCAACUAUUUCACUACCAACAAUACAUAUAUAAUACAAUAUAUAAAUUCAAUCUUUAGGUUAUAGUCUUAUUUGCACAGUAGGUAUUGUUGUACCUGUUUUCCAGUUUCCUUUGGAGUCCCAGAACCCAGAUACAAAGAGCUUAAAGAAUCCACUGGUGCUGAAGCGACCAUUUUUUUUUUUUUUGUAAUAUAAUACUAACAAGACUAAAAUUAAAAGCCAGAAAUAAUCAUCCUAGAGCUUGAAAGGAUGUUUAUUCAUAUGUACGUAGAUAAGUGAGGGGAUGAAAGAUUUUUAGUGGACAUUAAUAAUUUUUAAAUAAUUUACAGUUUGUGUUUAAAAUUUAGUUUAUUUUUAAAUUCAGUAUGUUUUAUGUUUUAGUUUAGUUUAUUUUUAAAUUCAGUAGGUUUUUAUGCCACUUUCUGCUAUUUUUAAUGAAGCACAAGUCUCUGAAACUGCCUACUGCAGUAUUGACAUUUCCUCAGAGCUAUUUACUAGUCUUUUUGUUAAUAAUUUCAAAAUUGUCCAAAUCAAACAAGAAAUUAAUUUAGUGCUUCCAAACUUUUUUAUGUACCACCAGAAAAUAUUGACAUUUGAUAGCAUUUCACUCCUAGAUUGCAGUUUAGGUCAGUUUAGGUUUUCGAUUAAAACAGUAUAGCACCUGAAAAGCUAUCUGAAGAGAAACACUAUCUGAAGGUACUAUCUAUAGCACCUGAAACGCUAUCUGAAUUAUAAAAACUAAUCUAUACCUCAGUUUUUUCCAUCCAUCCAUCCAUCCAUGUUCUAUACUGCUUAUCCUACACAAGAUUGCAGGGGAGCCUGGAGCCUAUCCAGGAAACUCAGGGCACAAGGCAGGGGACACCCAGGAUGGGGUGCCAACACCACAGACAAUUUGGAAAUGCCAACCCGCCUACAACGCAUGUCUUUGGACUGGGGGAGGAAACCCCCAAAGUGUGGGGAGAACGCCAGCACACACAAGGCGGAGGUGGGAUUGAAACACCCAACCCCGGAGUCAUGAGACAAACAUGCUAACCACUAAGCUUACAGAUUCCAGAAGAACACUGCACAUAACAUAUAGAAAUACCAUGUACAGUGUGUUGUCACCAUUAAAAAAAAGCACACUGCCUAAGCAAGCACAGUCUUACUGACGUUUUGCUCUAUCAACGUAAUCUUGCACAUAAUGGGUCAAGCACAUGAUGGGCCAAGAUGUUUUCGCAAAGUUUAUUUCAAACCUUAUCAUUUCUAUGUAUAUGAAACAUUACACACAUCACACAAAUGGUUAUUAUGGGAAUCAGAAAGGCCAUUAAGUUACAUAAGGAACAUUAAGUUACAUGUUAAAUCACAGUUGCAUGUAAACAGUUUAGCUUUGUAUAAUAUAGAUAGUGAAUUCUAUUUCACCCCUCCUAACAACUAGAUGCACUGAGAAUAACCUGUAUUUCUUAUCGUACACAUGUAAACACAUGCCGAGACCUUCCAACAAAGUCAUGUAGUAAGAUAUGACACAGUAUUUUUCAAUAAAUACCUAUGUCAUACUUUGAGUUUUUUUGUAGAACACUUAAAAAUUUCAAGUGUGCCUUCCCUUAUCAUUGCUACUCACUGUGCUGUUUGCAACAAUCUAUGAACUUGUACUAUUGAAUUAUUUUCUCUACACUCACUAAAUGGCACUAACGCGGAUGAAUGUUUUUCCCCUCUGUAAAAUGUGCUAUUCACUGUUGAGUCUUCAAAGUUUGGUGGAUUUCCAAUAAUGCUGGGACCCUUUUCCGUUAGUCUCUUCCCUUGGAUCAGAUUUUCUCCUUUUUUCAUGUUACAUCAAGUAGUUUGUCAAACAAGCCAUGCAACACGACUCUUGUUCGAGCAACUGGUGUCUGAACCCCUUGUAAGCUGGUUCCCAUGGGCACCAGCUAUGUGCUAAGUGCCUCCGCAAUGACCAUCUUAAGGAUGCAGUUCCUCAGAUGUCUACUCAGCUGACUGCAUGGUAAUGCCGAUACUGAUGCUUUGCUCAAUUGACUCAACCGCGGCCUAAACAGUCACAAAUGCCGAAAUCUGGUGAUGGCUAAUGAGCAUAACGAUGAGCAUAACCAUAAGAAGCCGUCCUUGUGGCUCAAUGGCCAGUCAUCUUCUCUUGUCAUUAUUUCAAAGAAUGUGAAGAUGCCAUGUCUACAGCUGCAUCAGGGAAAUUCUUACCGGAUGAUAAUGACCUAGCAGUUGAACUGCAGUGAACUAUUGCCUAAGGGGGAUUUGGACAGACAGCUUACUCAAACUCACUGGUGACGGUUCUAGUAAAUGUGGAAGAUCAUGAGCAGGUAGCACUGGGCCACAUGUAUUGCUGGUGGUCUCACCAUACAAAGCCAUAUGCUCAGAUGUGUGCUGUCAAAACACUGAAUGCAGACACACUGAUGACAACAUUGCGCCAAUACUAGUAUUACAAUGGCUCUGUCAUACCAUCACUCCAAUCUACAGAAGCCAGUCACUCUUUGAAGGAGCUGAGUGACACCUUGCUCCCAGUGGUAAGAAGCACAAAAUGACUUGGUUCAUGCACGGCAUCAAGUGUGGCUAUCACAAUCUGUUCUGGAGUUGUGCUACUCAACUUAGCAAACUCUGCCCUGUAUGCCACCAAAAAGCCCUGGAUAGAAGAGCAUAGGUUUUAGAAUCCUGAAUGGACCUUUUGCCACUUUUCGGUCACAGCAACCUGUUUCUGUGUUACAAUGUCCACAAGGGUCUGGCCUGUCUUGCACAAGCUUUAAGCAUGGAGAGUCAUGCUCUCAAGACCCUAGCAGGCAUCUGAAUGCCCCCACCAUCUCUCUCAUGGGGUAGACCAUAAACAGUACCCACCACCACUGAAGUACAUCCAUAAAGGCUGGCAGCAGGAUGUGGUACAGCUGAAAUACUGCAACUCCAUCUGGUCUGUGGGUCCUGCUGACAAUAUCACAGGUAUACAAACUUCACUUGCACUGCUAGUACCCAACCUUCUCUGGGGUCAGGCAGUAGUAGAAAUCGGACCCCUACAACAUUGUUGCUCUGACACAAGAAAUUUGUUCUCUUAUGGACAGAGACGCAAUCAGAAACGAAGACCCUACAUUUCAAUACAACUUCAGGAGAAGGAUGGUGGUUGAGAGGGUUUAAGACCCUCACUUUUCACAUGAGGAGUUCUACAGAUAUAGUCCAAGUCAUGAAACCACAGGAUUGGUUUACAUUGGUUUACAUUAUUUUCAUGUACCUAUUGCCCCAGAACUCAGAUCCAUUUUUAGGUUUGCCUUCCAAGACAGACAUUUCGAUUCAAAGCCCUACCUUUCAGCUUCUUCGGCAAUGGGUAUUUUUCAGAUGUAUGCAAGUAGUCUUGUCAUCCCUGAUUGCCAGUGGCAUCAGGAUACUUUCAUACACAGCCAACUGGCUCCUGUGUGCUCCCAGAGCAGGCCAUUUAGGACACAUCCACACUCCUUGCACACUUUACAGCUCUUGGUUUCGUGGUGACGUCACCAUAGAGGUGAAGGAGGCCACAUAAUUCAUUCGCAUAAUGUUAGCCAUCCCUUACUCAGACAAACUAUUUAUUUGAAACAGAGGAAAGACACAAAGGACUCCCUUUUCUAUGGAGAUGCUGGCUCACUGUGUGGUGGAUGCCAUUACAUGUGCCAGAUGCCCAGCUCCUACUGUAACAUGCCAAUUUACAAGGAGCAUCUGCUCCUCAUGGGCAUGAUUUAAAGAUUAUCAAGUGGCAUGCCACUCCAGGAACUCUGUUUUGCCUAUACCUGGCCAUCACUACUGUCAUUAGAGGUGUGAGUGUGGAAGUCAUCUCUUAACACAUUUCCAGUUAAUCCUUAUGUGAGUCCUGUUCCUCAUGAUAUUGUUGGCAUAUGAUAUCCAGGUGAUUCUUAACCAGGAUGGUGGUUUGGAGGGGUGAAAUACAACAAUCAUUAUAUAUGCAACUGUGGAUCUGUAAACCCUGGAUAACCUACAGGGUUCAUCAUUCAGAACUGGUGCCGAUCUGGCAAGAACUCAAUGAGAAGGUUCCAAGGAAUUUAGAGAUAUUUAUUGUGUUUAGUAGAACACAAGGCAGUUACGCAGGGUACUUUCAACCACAGUUAUGCAUUUAAUGCUUAAUAAUAUGGUUUCCAGAUAACAACAAUGCACAUUAUUAUAUAAGUUUAGGUAUUGACUGAUAAUAUGUAUAUUUUCAAAACAAUGUGGAUGUAUACAUGUGUCUGUAUGUUAAUAAAGUAGAUUUCACUCUGUAAUCCAAGAUGUUAUUAUAUGAUGUAACUUGAAUUGAGUAUGAUCUGCGACAUCUCAGCUCACCUUCAGCACACUGAUAUGUAGCGCCACUACUGUUGGAUGACAAUCAAGGACAGAACAUAACAACUGAUCGCUCACUGUAGCAAAGCCAGUUUUGUUUUUAUGCAGUAUUGAGGUCACUAGUUUAGCGGUUUAUUUGUAUUCAUUUAUUUAUUUAUUUGGAAUGGUUUGGGGGUUUUUGUUUACUUAAAGUCUCUAUCAUGAUGAAACGGUAAUCUCUGAUUAUUGAUCUUAGCAAUUUAUUGUGUUUAUUUUGACAACAAAAGAGCUUAUGGAAUCAGUCAGUAUUGUCAAAUAGGCUGCUGAUGUAAUGUACUAUAUAAUGCACCAUCAAAAGUCGUAGUGUUUACAUCAUUGCUGCUGAUUAGCCCACCAUCAAUUCGUACAUGUAAUCUUUUGUACUUGUAUGAUGGUUUGCGAUGUUGGCUAGUAGAGAUCCAGAUUCCAAGUUGUUUUUUUGCAUACUUGUGUUUUUUUGUUUGUUUUGUUUUUAUUAUUUCCCUUGUUAAAUCAAAAGUAAGUAUCUUGGGUGUAUGCCCCACUGGCAGUUAAGGACUGCUGCUGUCUAUAGCUGCAAUGACUGAGUGAUUGUUUUUGUAAAUCAUAUAUUAAUUUUGCUAUUAAUUUUAUGACGUUAACUUAUUUAAUUCUGCUUGUGGUUGUUACUGUAAACAACGUACCCAGAACCUAAAGAUUCUGUUGUCUCUUUGUCUAAUACUACUCUAUUUAAAGUAAAGCCAACAUUAGCAGUAACAUUCUGUAUGCUAUAGUGUUAGCCUUGGCUGGGUAUUUAGCAAUAGUUGAUGCUUAGCUGAACCAUUUCUGCUUUGGCUUUGCAUGAAUAACAAAUGUCUGGUUGUAAAAAGUUCAGUGGUACUGCUGAAAAUGUGUUGUAUAAUAGAAAUCAAGACAUAGAUAGCUUCGUUUUGACCAAAAUUAUUUAUGGAAAUAAAAUCUGCAUUAGUAACUAUUGUCUCCUUGACUGAUUCUUUAAUGUUAGUCAACAUAAAGUCAAAUUAAAUUGUUAUUGUCACUUUAAAAAUCACAGAGAAACAGAUGGCUUGCCAAGUCAACUAUCAGUUAAAACCAGC